CAGGUUUGUUCCACUACUGAAAAGCCAUGAAGCUUGUCUUGUUCAUCUUCGUUGUGAUUCUUUGCUUCUUCUCCCAUUCCAUCCCCGCUCAUGGCAAUGGAAUACCUCAAUGUUUGCCUGCAUUAGCAGCCUAUCUCCAUGGCCAAGAGACAUUGCUGCAAAGUGUUAAGAACGACCUCCAAAAGACGAAGCAACAGUUGCAGCAAGCAAUUGGCAAAUGGCCUCCAGGCCACUAUUGCAUUCUCGCCAAAGGACCAUGUCCGGCGGGCUUCUUUCGCUCCUCUGGUUACAUGCGAGCACUGAAGAUGUAUGCUGCCAGUAACACCUAUAUCACUCCGGUCGCGUUUGGGGACAGCAAGAUAACGUGUCAUGGUCCCUGCGGUAAGUAUGGGCAAUGGAUUGGAGAGUUGUACAUCACAGCGUGCUGCAAGUAAUGGAGGAAGUAGACCACCUACCACAGCAACAUUACCUGCCCCAAGUAGUUUAAAAAGCGAGCGCAGCCAUUGUGCUGCAUCAGACCGUUGGAUUAGCCUUGUUAGGUGUCUGUGAUGAUCAAUAA